GCACUACCCAAUGAGCGUUCAUUGAUUCAGACGAUCAUCUCCAAGGUAAACAGCAAUGGCUCCCCCUGUACAAAUAGAAAUUUACGGUCUUGUGAACGAUAUAAACUUCCAGCGUGCAAGAUUUUGCGCACAGGACCUUGCAAACAAGCAUCCAGAUGUGUUCCCAAAUCCUAUCACAGAUGGAAUGGUUGAAUUUGAAUGGGAUCUUUACAUAGACGCCAAAAGAAAGGAGUUGCGUGGAGACACAUGGACAUUCAAGGACAAAGCUAUUGCAUUUCAAAAUGGUAAACUUGUUGGAGGACCUGAGGAUUUCAUUCAGUGGGCUGUGGAAAACUUCAACUAUGAGGAGUAUAGACCUAAACCUCUCCUUCAGACUCUCACAGAAGAAGCAUAUAAAACUGCCCUUAAUGACAAAAAUCAUGACUUUGUGUAUGUGGACAUAGCCAUUGGUGAUGAACCAGCAGGCAGACUAGUGAUAGAACUAUUCACAGAUGUGGUUCCAAAGACUUGUGAAAACUUCAAGGCCCUGAUCACAGGAGAAAAGGGAAAAUCUGAGACCUCAGACUACAACUUGUGCUACAAAAAAUCUCUUUUCCAUAGAAUAGUACGCAAUGGAUGGAUACAGGGCGGAGAUAUAUAUCACGGUAGAGGCAAUGGAGGCGAAUCCAUCUAUGGACCUGUCUUUGAAGACGAGAAUUUCGCCGUUCCCCACUCCCGGCGCGGGGUGAUUGGAAUGGCAAACAAGGGUCGCCACACAAACAACUCACAGUUCUACAUCACCCUCGAACCCGCACCGUGGAUGAACACGAAAUACGUCGCCUUUGGGCAGGUGAUCGAGGGCACGGAGACGCUUGCUAAGAUGGAGCGUGUAGACACAAUGAAUGAGCGUCCAAACUCCGAGAUUAAAGUCACUGACUGUGGCGUCUGCACUUACGAGUUUUAAGCGGGGCACCAACCAGGGAAAACUACAUGAACAUUCUGGAUACACCCAAAGAUUUAAUGUUUUUAUCAAAAUAUAUGACAACAACAAAAUGAUACAAUUUAUGUUCAGAACUAAACUAAUGUCCUUAAGAGUUGAUGGAUGUUGUCGUUUCUUUCAUUUCUGUUUCAUUUAAUACUGGGUGAACUAUUUCUGUUCUCUGAGAUUCGAGUGAGGAUAACAUGUGGUUCUGUAUAGUAUUUAAGAGAAGGAAACGUGAUCGAAUUACACAGGUAUGUGAUAUGUCAAAUGUUUUAUUUACUUGUUUUGAUAUUGUUUAAUAAAAUAUACCAUAUUU